AUGCUCUAAAGGUAUUUCCCAUAGCUUAAAUUUAUCGCAAGUGUUGCCAUUCGCAGUGAAUGGCAAAUUGACGCGCACUACGGUGAAUGGUUAAUGAGUCAGCUGUUGAAUUUUCAAAGGCCGUGUGUCUCUAUGAGAGAGAACAUUUUGACAAAAAAAAAAAAAUUAUCUGGAUUUUGCCAGCAUUUAACUGUGUUCCGCCCAAUUGUGCAGUUGCAAGCGCAUAAUGGGAGAUAGUUCUGAUGAGGAAUAUCUGCACACCGAAUGGGUGCCAUAUAGCGAGCGCAAGGAGUGGGCAGAUGUGACGCCGCUGCCGCAGGACGAUGGGCCCAAUCCUGUUGUGUCCAUAGCGUAUAGGCCCAAAUUUCGUGAGGUAUUUGACUACAUGCGCGCCAUUAUUGCCAAGGGCGAAAAGUCUCAGCGUGCCUUGGAGCUGACCACCGAAGCGUUGCGCCUGAAUCCCGCCAAUUAUACGGUGUGGCAGUACAGAAGGGACAUAUUGCGCGAACUGAAGGCUGACUUACAGGAUGAACUGGAUUAUUUGGAGGAGGUAAUUGGACAGAAUGCGAAGAACUAUCAGGUGUGGCAUCACAGACGCGUCAUUGUCGAAAUGAUGAACUGUCCCAAAUGGGAGCUGGAAUUGACACAAAAUGCGCUGGACAACGAUGGCAAUGCCAAGAACUAUCACGCCUGGCAGCAUCGCCAAUGGGCCAUACGCACAUUCAACCUCUAUGACGACGAGCUGGACUUUGUCGAUCGUUUGAUUUGCGAGGAUCCGCGCAACAACUCUGCAUGGAAUCAGCGAUUUUUUGUGGUUAAGCAUUUAGGUUUCACCCCGGAGGUAAUCAAACGGGAGCUCGCGUACGCUAUGAAUCGCAUACGUGUUAUUAAGAACAAUGAAAGCCCGUGGAACUAUUUGGUGGGAGUGCUGCGGCAAACCGAGUCUGGACAGCUUAAUAGCCAUCCCGAGGUGGUGGAGUUCAGCAAGGGAUUGUAUAAUGCGGGCAAUCGUUCACCAUAUUUGCUAGCAUUUCUCAUCGACCUGUACCAGGAGCAGGCGCUGCAACAAAACGACAACGAAAGUGCCGAAAAGGUCUACGCCAUGUGCAAUGACAUGGCCAGCAAACAUGAUGUUAUACGUCGUAAAUACUGGCAGUAUGUGGCGACGCACUUGAAGAGCCAGCUAAGCAAGUCCUCGAACCCGAAGCAGCAGCAGCAAUAGAGAAGAGUUGUUCCUAGUUUUGGACUAUGUACACGUGCCCAGCAGACAUUCUUGAUACAGAAAUACAUACUACAUUUAGACUAUACAAACCAUAAA